UAGAUUUCAUAUUAUUUACAUGCUAAAAAUAUUGUCUACCCAUACGUCACUGCACCUGUCAGUGAAUGGAGCUCGACUCCAUGCCAUUGACAUUCUCCAUCUCACUCACAUAGGUCGGUCAACCGAAACGUACACAUCCCAGACAAACACAUCAAUUAUCGAUCAAAGAUUUUGAAGAAUGCAUCAACUUAAGCUCCUAGUACAAAAAAAUUCAAAAUGGCACUCUUUAAUUUGUUUUCUCUAUCUCUUAGUGGUCAUGUAAAAUUAAUUAAUUUAAGCAUCUAAACUUUGAUUAUAUGGGUUUAACUGAAGGUUGGCAAACCAUUGCAUCAGUCACUAAAGUGAACUCGUCUUCAUGAUUUGAAAUUCUCCAUCUCAUUCUCCAUCUCACUCGCAUUGGUCUGUCAACCGAAAUGCACACGUCCCAAACCAACAUAUAAACAAUAUAUCACAAAAUUGGACGGAUGCAUCAACUUUAGCUCCCACUACAAAUAUACUCAAAAUAGCACUAUUUUAUGUGUUGCCUCUAUCCCUCUAUCUCAACAAAUGAUGUAUCAAAGAAUGCACAUCCAUCAUCAUAAUUCCCCUUAUCCGCAAACUGACAUUCACAACACUAUUUUCCAAAAAUGUGUGAUUCCUCCCAACACAUAUGUACAGAUAAAUACAGAUAUUUUGUUGUGAAAGGAGUGCUUCACUUGCUACAUGAGGCAGGUCAGAGGGAGGGUUAAUCUGUUCAGACACUUAACUAUCACACCAUGGUGUGUAUGGAUGUGUGCAGCGCCAUCUGGGCAGAGGCUGCCUUUGAUGUCCUCGUCAAGAGAGGGUUGCGUUUCUUAAUCACACAGUAUAACAUCACGAUGUGUGGCACGUUUCAUACACAACGUCGCUCAUUAGGCUAUAAUGCUACAAACUGACAGUACUAAUAAAGUAUCAUAAAAAGCUUGUAUCCAUUGGGAUAACAUGCAACCCAAGUCUAAGUCAUUUCUUUAAAGGCGUACUCUCUGGAGCCAUUUGUCCACUCUGGGCUACUGUAGAAACAUGGCCGUGCAACAUGGUGGGCUGCCUUGGGAGAGGACCCGCUCCCUAUGGAGACACAAAGGGCUCAUUCUAAGGUCUGUUCCACUAGAUGCCAGACUGAACCUUUAACCCUUUUUUGGAGGUGGCUGUCAAUAUCCCGUGCUGCCAAGACGGAGCUCCCUACACCCCCCACACAGACAGCGUGACACUAUACCCUGCCUGAGUAUGGAGAACCAGACAUGGAUUGGAGAUGUCUUACUCCUAGAGGGGUUAAAGGUCACCCCACAGUCUUCCAUUCCUGUCUUCAUCAUCCUUUUGGCCGUCUACAUCUUCAUCAUGGUGUCCAACAUUGGCCUGACAGUUCUGAUUUCAGUGGAGAGAAGCCUUCACCAGCCCAUGUAUCUGCUGUCCUGCAAUCUAAACAUCAAUGAUGUCUUCGGUGCUACGGCCAUUUUACCUCGCUUGAUAAGUGACAUAUUUACAGAAAGUGCAGAGCGCUAUAUUACUUACAUGGGGUGUGUACUCCAAGCAUAUUUCUUUCAUCUUCAUAUAGGCACUUAUCUCUCGGUUCUAAUGAUCAUGGCUUUUGACCGUUACGUAGCUAUCUGCAACCCCAUGCAUUACUCAGAUAUAAUGACAAACAAGAUGGUUUUGAAAUUGAGUGUAUUUGCAUGGGGCGUCAUCAUAUUGCUAGUAGGCAUCCUUAUCGGUCUUACUGCCCGCCUGUCCCGCUGUAGGAGCACGAUAACAAAUCCAUUCUGUGAUAAUGCAUCUCUGUUCAAACUCUCCUGUGAGAAUGUGGCGAUCAAUAAUAUUUACGGCCUUGGGUACACUGUUGUCCUACUAGGGUCCUCACUUGGCAGCACACUGCUCACCUACCUAAAGAUUGCCAUGGUGUGCAUAACCAGUAACAACAGGGCGUUAAACAGCCGGGCCUUGCAGACCUGCUCCACGCACCUCACGGUGUACCUCAUCAUGAUGAUCUCAGGGUUCAGCUUUGUGGCUCUGCAUCGUUUCCCUGAGUUAUCAGAGCAGAGGAAAAUGGCCUCCAUUGUGAUCAUGUUGGUUCCCCCUGCUUUCAACGCUGUCGUCUAUGGGCUGCAAAUAAAACAGAUAAGACACAAGAUCUUGGCCUUGUUUAAUCACAACUAAAUUGGUUUAUAAAAAGCAGAUAGUUAAAUUGGUGGAAUUGCACGUGGAAGUCAUUACCAAUAACUUGUAACCACAAUAGGGAUGCUAUUAUUAUGAUACCACUACAGAACCAGCUGCUCUCACAAUAAAAUUAUUCAUAUUCUAACAUAUGAUUGAAGUUUAAGUUCCUAGUACAGUUAAGUUGGUAAAGGUAAAGUUGACAAACACAUGAAUCAUACUUAAUUACAUGUGUGGUUUGUAGCUAAAUGCAAAUUAACAAUAAAUAUCAUCUGUAUUUUGGGGAACGUAUGCAUUAUUAUCUUUUACGCUUUUUCUCAGUCUGCU